UAUGAAAUACAAGAGGUUUCUUCACUGGGGACCUUUGAUUGCUACUUUUAUUAUAUCAACGCUAAGUUUUAUUUGCAUAUACAUUAAUAUCUAUUAUUUCCCACUAUUUGCUUCAGCAAAAAAUAUUUUUUUAACUGCAUUACUUUUAUUGUGGACAUUUUUAAUAUUCUCAAAUUUCCUUAGCUGUAUAUUUAUAGGCCCAGGUCUGGUUCCUUUGGAAUGGAAUAAAAAAAAUAAGAAUAAUAUUGAAUAUCUGCAAUGGUGCAAUUUUUGUAAAGGUUAUAAACCUCCUAGAGCUCAUCAUUGCAGAAGAUGCCAAAGAUGUGUUAUGAAAAUGGAUCAUCAUUGUCCUUGGAUAAAUACUUGUGUUGGACAUUUUAAUCAAAAAUAUUUUAUAUAUUUUUUGAUUUCUGCUGUUCUAGGGUGUUUGCAUUCAUCAGUAUUACUGAUAUACACACUUUAUUUAAUAAUCAAAAAUCCCUAUGCAUUUUAUCUAUUUCGACACACUGAAUUUUACGUCUACUUACUGCAUCUUUUCACUAUUGGAUUAUCCAUUGGUGUUGUAUUAUUUGUUUCCAUCCUUUGUUAUUUUCAAUUAAAAGCUGUGCUCUACAACACCACAGAAAUUGAAGAUUGGAUAAUUAAAAAGAUACUGAGAUUCGGUAAUGAAAGGAAUUCAUUCAAAAAUCCUUUUGAUUUAGGAGUAAAGAAAAAUCUUAAACAAUUUUUUGGCUUGGAUCAUACAAAUAUUAUAUUAGACGGAAUGAACUGGCCUGUAAGAGAUGGAUGCACUCUCUAUUCAUUAUCGAUUGAGCAAAAAAAGCUAAAACAAUUUAAAGAAGAAUGCUCAAUCCUCUAUGUCUGCAAACAUGACUACAACGCUAACCUAUUUUCUUUACGGUUUGGGAUUUUGACUUUCCUAAACGUUCCAUGUACUAGUGAACCCCGAUUAUAUUUGAGAAAAAAUGAUACCGUUCAAACUACUCGAUGGAAAAAAUAUUGGCUUUACGGGAAAAAGUUGAAUUCUAUGGGUCAAAAAACGGCAGAUAAAACAGAAUCUUUGGUAGUACAACAGUCUGAUAACAAAGCAAAAGGUUGGUUUCCAAGAAAUUUAGUAAAAUUAAAAGAACUCUAAUUUUAAAAAAACUUAAAUAUAUAUAAUUUCUUUGAUAAUUGUAUUUUUUUAAAAAAUAAUAUUUAUAUUAUUUAUAUAAAACUAUAAAACAUAAUUUUAUAAUAUUCUUGAACUAUGAAUUGUGAUCAAGAAAUAUUUUAAAUCUUUAUUUUAUUGAUAAACAUAGAAUAAA